GGGCUAGUAGUUGUGGGUGCUUUCACUGCCCUAUAAUCCGCUUCAUUGUCAAUUGACAGUGAGUCUCUUUGGAGCUAGGAGCGGUCGACAUCUUGAAUUGGAGUAAGAAAUCACUCCUCGUGGCCUGUUAUGACUGAGAGGCUGCCAUCAUGAUUGGAGGAUUGUUCAUCUACAACCACAAGGGGGAGGUGCUGAUCUCCCGCGUCUACCGUGAUGACAUAGGGCGCAACGCGGUGGAUGCGUUCCGCGUGAACGUGAUCCACGCGCGGCAGCAGGUGCGCUCGCCGGUCACYAACAUCGCCCGCACCAGCUUCUUCCACGUCAAGCGCUCCAACAUCUGGCUGGCGGCGGUCACCAAGCAGAAUGUCAACGCCGCCAUGGUGUUCGAGUUCCUCUACAAGAUGUGCGACGUCAUGACGGCCUACUUCGGCAAGAUCAGCGAGGAGAACAUCAAGAACAACUUUGUGCUGAUCUACGAGCUGCUGGACGAGAUCCUGGACUUUGGCUACCCCCAGAACUCGGAGACUGGCGCACUGAAGACCUUCAUCACUCAAACGGGCAUCAAGAGCCAGCACCAUUCCAAGGAGGAGCAGUCUCAGAUCACCAGUCAGGUGACUGGGCAGAUCGGUUGGCGUCGCGAGGGCAUCAAGUACCGUCGCAACGAGCUCUUCCUGGAUGUGCUGGAGAGCGUCAACCUGYUGAUGUCUCCACAAGGCCAGGUGCUGAGCGCCCACGUCUCGGGCCGCGUGGUGAUGAAGAGCUACCUGAGCGGCAUGCCGGAGUGCAAAUUUGGAAUGAACGACAAGAUCGUCAUCGACAAACAGGGCAAAGGGGGCGCCACCGAGGAGGCGGCGGGCAAGAGUGAUUUGGGGGGCAGUGGCGGUGGUGGCGGUAAGCAAUCCAUAGCUAUUGACGACUGUACAUUCCACCAGUGUGUGCGUCUCAGUAAGUUUGACGCUGAGCGCAGCAUCAGCUUCAUUCCUCCGGACGGAGAAUGUGAACUCAUGAGGUACCGCACCACCAAGGACAUCAUCCUACCCUUCCGUGUCAUCCCCCUUGUCAGGGAGGUGGGCCGCACCAAGCUUGAAGUCAAGGUGGUCAUUAAGUCCAACUUCAAGCCCUCGCUUCUGGCUCAGAAGAUUGAGGUGCGCAUUCCCACCCCUCUCAACACCAGCGGGGUCCAGGUGAUCUGCAUGAAGGGCAAGGCCAAGUACAAGGCCAGCGAGAACGCCAUCGUCUGGAAGAUCAAGCGUAUGGCAGGGAUGAAGGAGUCUCAAAUCAGUGCCGAGAUCGAGUUGCUGCCCACCAACGACAAGAAGAAGUGGGCGCGCCCUCCCAUCUCCAUGAACUUUGAGGUGCCAUUUGCGCCGUCCGGACUCAAGGUGCGCUACCUGAAGGUGUUCGAGCCCAAGCUGAACUACAGUGACCACGACGUCAUCAAAUGGGUGCGCUAUAUCGGCCGCAGCGGCAUCUACGAGACACGCUGCUAACCGCCACCUCACAAUCGGGUGGAAAGAGGGGCGCAACAGGGAAGAGGCUGGAACAAGGGAGGGAGCGAAAGACCACAACAUGGGACCGUUUCUUUCAGUCUUUUUUCCCCCUGGGCUGGCUGACAAAUGAAAAAAAUCUAUAUAUUGAAAAUUGUUAUAUUAUUAAACGCGUAUAUGUAUAAAUAAUGCAAACAUCCUGUGAAGUACAAAAAAGACCAUCUGCAUCUAAAGGGUAUUUUCCCCUUUUUAAUCUAAACAAAAAAUCCAUUCCACCCCAUGAUAUGUUGUCUACUAUUCCUGUACUACCCAUCUAUUCCCCAUGGCACUGAAUUAGUGGACGACUGUACCCCUUGCCCAUAACCACAGAUCUAGAAUCAGAUUACGCACCAUACCCUCAAUCCUAAUGUAUUAGGAGGAU